AUGGAUGCCAUAUUUAAGGAUUUCGGAAAGGCCUAUGCGGAGUUUGACGGCUACAAUCUUGCAAAGACUCUCGCGCCCGUCGCUCCUGAAGCCCAACCGGACAGGUUGUAUAACUUUCACAGAAGUACGAACUUUAGCUCGGUCCAGAAGGACUUCAAGAGCAAAAUCUUACACAACAAUGCCUUACCGUUCAAGCUCACAUCUGAAGAAAGCAAUGGCUGGGUUGAGGUUUACUGUGCAUAUUGGAAGGCUGUUGGUGAGAUAUUGAAUGCCGAAGCCGCCACCAAGACUCAUAACAAGGUCUCGUGGGGAAAGGUAUAUGAAGCUUGGAAGGAGAUGACGGUUGUUCUCAUUCGUGGUUACACCAACUCUGGAUUUCAAGCUUGGACUGUGCCUUGUCUUUAUGUGGCCGGCAAAUAUAUGAGGGUAUUUGCCAUUAAAGCAGACGAGGACGCGGCAAAUAACCCCAGUUCUGCCAUCAAUUUUCAAGAUGAUUUUAAUCCCGAAGCUGAGAAGAACGAGAAACUCGAAGAUGCGGCAAGGCAACUUAAUCGAAUGUUCCAAAUAUGUCUAAGUGACAGAGCUCCUUUGGAGGAGUCGAGAAAGUGGGGGAUAUAUAAUAUCAUUAACCUACUAUUCAAGACCUACUUCAAAUUAGGUUCCGUUAGCUUGUCGAAGAAUAUCCUGAAAGCGCUUCAAGCAUAUCGCGGCGACAUGCCACCUCUUGACAACUUUCCGUUGUCUCAUCAGGUUACUUUCAAGUAUUACGUUGGCGUCAUCUGCUUCCUCGAAGAGAAUUACGUGGAGGCCGAAAAACACCUGACAGAGGCCUGGCACCUAUGCCACAAGGAUGCAGUCCGCAACAAAGAACUCAUCCUAACAUACCUCAUCCCGUGCCACCUGCUCACCACCCACACGCUCCCCACCCUUGCUCUUCUGUCACCAUAUCCACGCCUCCAAGACCUCUUCCUUCCUCUAUCCCGCUGCAUCAAGAAGGGCGACCUCUCAGGUUUCGAUGCGGCUCUCAUCGCAGGCGAGGACGAGUUCGUCAAACGCCGCAUCUACCUAACGCUCGAGCGAGGCCGCGACAUCGCUCUACGCAAUCUUCUCCGCAAGGUAUUUAUUGCAGGCGGCGUUGAAGAGGCGAAAGAGCCCAAUGCACCUCCAGUCAGGAGGACCAGAAUCCCAGUCGCCGAAUUCGGGGCUGCAAUUAGUAUCGGCAGCAAGGAGACGAUGGAUAAUGAUGAGGUGGAGUGUCUGUUGGCCAACAUGAUUUACAAGCUUGUGCUUUUUGGUGCCUUUGGUUUGAGGCGCCGCAUUUAUCGUCUUCACAUGAAAGUUUGCCUUGCGCAGCCAUAUCCCCCUCCCAUUCGUCGAGAUUUCUCGGGUGGCACCACAUCACGAACUUAA